UGCAAUUCACGUUGGGACUAGUAACGUGAAUCAGCUAGCGGAUAGAAUCUAUCAAUUAAAAAGACGUCUACCAAGAAACUGAUUGAUUUCACAUAAAACGGUUUCAUAGAAAAAGAAAAUGGCGAACGCAAUGAUUCAAGAUGCUUUACAGAAUCAGCUUACUCAGGCAGCUCAGAUCAUGGAACAGCAGGUUGAUGCUGAAUUGCAUCGUCUUGACAACAUGGAUGAAGAUGAUUUCGAAAGUCUGCGUAGAAAACGAAUGGAAGCAAUGAAAAAGUCACAGAAACAAAAACAGGAUUGGAUGACACAAGGCCAUGGGAAAUACACGGAAAUUCUAGAUGAAAAAGAAUUCUUUGAAAUGUGUAAAAAGAGUAAGAGGGUAGUUUGUCAUUUUUACCGGGACAGUACAUUUAGGUGUAAAAUUGUUGACAAACAUUUAGAAAUCUUAGCUCCAAAACAUAUGGAAACUAAAUUUGCAAAGAUUAAUGCAGAGAAAUGCCCAUUUCUGGUAGAGAGAUUACGGAUUGUUGUCCUCCCUACAAUGUGUGUGGCUAAAGAUGGAAAAACAACAGACUAUAUUGUAGGUUUUGAUGAAAUGGGAGGUAAAGAUGACUUUCCAACAGAAAUGUUAGAAUGGCGUUUAGGACGUGCAGAUGUAAUAAAUUAUAGCGGUGAUCUAUUAGAGCCACCAAGUGUUGCAAGCGAGAAAAAGACAGGAAUAUUAGGACAUGCCAAGACGAGUAAAACAAUUCGUGGAAGGAACGAUGAUGACUCCAGCGAUGAAGAUGAUUGGUAGAGAACUGAUUUUAAUGAUUUGUCUGUCAUUUAAUUCAUGGCUUCACUACCAUGACUACCAGGGACAAUUGAAAACAAUUAUAUAUGUACAAAUUAUUUUUAUUUAUUGACACAUUUUAUAAAUAUUUGAUUCAAUGUUAGAUUUAUUUUUUGUUAAUAUGAAGUCUUCAGAAAGUAUAAAGCAAUGCAAAUGUUAUGUCUUUUGUACAUAUAUAUGUGUACAUACAGAAUUGAGUGUGCUGUAUUUGAGUAUUUGGGUAAAUAUUUUGGUCUUAUACAUUUUUUCUUUGUAAUUGGUAAUUUUAAAGUCAAUUUAAAAUCUGAGUCUUUUGAAAACAGUCUUGAAAACAAGUUUUGGUUGUUCCUUCUUCAUUGAUGUUAUUUAGAAUAUUAUAGGUAACACAUUAUAAAUGACAAAAAAGUAAAUUUCUUUGGUACAUGUAUAGAAAAACAAUUAAAAAAAUUAAGUUAAAACCAUGUGAAAAUCACUUUGUUGUAUUCAUACCUUCCCCGGCUAAGAUGAAUUGAAAUAAACUAGAAAUAAUCAGGCUAAAAUAAAUGCAACCAUUUGAACUGUUUAAUUGGAUACAUACAUAAUGAAUUGUUGAAGUUGGGAAAUGCCAGAGUAAUAAAAUUUGAAAGUUUGAAAUAAACAUGAUGUGACAUUUCACAAAAUGAACAUAAUUUAUAAAGAAGACAAAAUAUAACAUGCUAAUUAACCAAAUACAUUUUAUGUAAGAAGUCUUCAGUCUUAAAAUGAAAUUGUGCCCAACUUUGUCCAAGUGUAACAGUUGUAAGCUAACAUACACUGUUUUAUUGCUUGCUUCUUGUGCAACUUGUCCAAGUGUAAGCUAACAUACACUGUAUUAUUGCUUGCUUCUUGUACAACUUGUCCAAGUGUAAGCUAACAUACACUGUAUUAUUGCUUGCUUCUUGUACAACUUGUCCAAGUGUAAGCUAACAUACACUGUAUUAUUGCUUGCUUCUCGUACAACAGACAGCUUUUUAUUAUCCCUAAAAAUGUUGCUUUCGUACAUAUGCAUCUACCCCAUACCCCAAUUUCUUCAAUUUAAUGACAUUGAUAAAUUGUAUUAUUUGACAUAUUUUUUAUUAAGAAAAUAAUCAGGUGAUACCGAAACAUUAAAAUGUUAGCGUUUGAUGUGUUUAGUAAACUUUUGAUAGAAAUGUAAACCUUAACACCAAUAUUUAUCCUUCCAUUUUUAAAUGUCAUCGUGUUACACAUAUGCAGCCUUGUAGAACAUUCAUUAUUAUGUUAGCAAGCUAUGAUCCCUUUCAUGUAUCUCAGAUAUCGAUCAUUAUCAUAUUUUAUGUUUCAAUUUCAAAAGAAAAGACCUGUUGGCCAACAGUCGGAAUAAUAAAUUCAUGAAGAAAAAAAUAAUUAUAAAAAAAAACCAGUCGGAAUAAGAUCUUUGACAAAGAGGGAUAUGUCUUUCUGUAGACAGUAAGUUUAAUGUGAGCUUACACAUUAUAAAUUUGACUUACAAUAUCAGCUGAUGACAAAGCAUGGUGUAUAAAUAUCUGGUAGCGUUAUAAUGCUGAUUAAGAAUGUAAUAUUUGCUACUGGACAAAUCAAAAGCAGCCAUCAAUCAAUAGUCACUUUAUGUCAUGAUUAACUGUAUUAUAUAAGAAUGUGAAUUGCUGUAAUAACCUCACAAUAUACCAUAUUAUGUGUAUCUUUAUGGAGCUUUACAUGUUUAUUUCAUGCAUAUGUAGUAAAGUUAUGACGUAAUUGUUGUUACAGAGUGAAAAAUACCAUUUAGGUUUCUGAAUAAAUAUUUGUAUUAAAAUUAAGAAUUGUUUGUA